AUGGCGCCAUGGUGGGAUGAAAAGGAGAUGGACGAGCGGACGGGCGGGGUCGUGCAAAAAUCGCCUAAGCUUCACAUGAGGUCGGCUAUCUUCCCCAAGCCAGGCCAACACUUUACUUCGAGAUGUGUGUUAGCCAAAUCCAAGAGGACAGGGCAUGUCUGCCAACCGGAUACCCUGGAAGCCCGUGGCUCCAUGUCAGCAAACAAGAUGCGCGUGCGUUUUGAGAGGACACAUUCCGACUACUCCGUGGAAAGACCCGGUUCGGACGGGCCAAUUCUUCAUCUAUGGUAG